UAAUCUAAUUUACGUAUAGGAACAUUAGACUAAGUAUACUCUUCAGAGCUUCCGAAGCAUGGAGGACGGCAUAGCUAAAAUCGGCACCUAUAAAUAUGAAGAUGGAACGCGUUAUUUUGGUGAUUGGAAUAAUAGAGGCUUAAAAAGCGGAGCUGGAUCGCUAUUGUUACCUGAUGGAGCACGUUAUGAUGGAUCAUUUCAAAACGGACUUUGUUCUGGAUUAGGUAUUUUUGUUUUUCCUGACGGUGCCAAAUAUGAAGGUGAAUUUAUGCAAGGAUGGUUUCAUGGUCAUGGAAUCUUUUGGAGGUCUGAUGGGAUGAAGUACGAAGGAGAAUUCCGAGGUGGCCGCAUAUGGGGAUUAGGAUUAAUAACUUAUGCAGACGGAUCUCAUGGGUUUCCACGUAAUGAAGGAUUUUUUCAAGAUUGCAGAUUAGUACGCCGCCGUCGUUGUCCUGAUAUUGUACAAAAAGCUCAAAAAAUAUCAAUGAUGGCGCGUAUUCAAAACAAUUAAACGUACGGAAUUUUCUUUAGGAAAUGUAGAAUCUUGAAUAUAUAUAUAUAUAUAUAUAUAUAUAUAUAUAUAUAUAUAUAUAUAUAUAUAUAUAUAUAUAUAUAUAUAUAUAUCAUAUAAUCACAUUUAAAUAAAUAAAAUAGCAUGCAUUA